AUGGCUCUGCAUUUUGUCUCCUUCUGGUUAUUGUUCACCAAUUUCCUUGUUCUUCUGCACAACUACAUAAUCGAUCCUACAAUUGAUCCCUUUAAUGACAGGGUUAAAGACACUGCUACGGACGAUACAUUGCUCGAGUUCAUCAACCUCGAUUCAUCACCAGAGGAAGAAGAACCGUGUCUCGUUUUUAAAUUUCAGUAUCAGAUAUCUAAUCAGUCGCCAGUCAAUGAAGAAGAAGAACAAUCAUCCUCUGAAACAAGGAUUUGCGAUCGCGAGAAGGGUUUUAGCAGUUUGAACAAAACGAGCAUGAAUUCUGAAACUGGUUUGUUCGAUGAGGUUGUGGAAGAACUAAAUGGGUAUUUAUCUGAAAAGGAUAUCGAAAUCGAAGAAUUUACUGAUCCAUGCAGUCUUGGACCACAACUGGAUCCGUGGGAAGGAGAAGUAGAAUCAAGUGAAGUUACUGCGUCUGAAGAAGUGCAAUUAAAAAUUUGCGGUGAAGAUGAUGAAGUCUUGUUCAUGGAUGAUGAAUAUUCUGACAGAAAAGAGGUAGGACAUCCCACAAACACUUCUACUGGCACUAUCUCAUGCUCUUUAAAUUCAAGAAUCGAGACCGGUUCGAUAUCGAUCCCCAAUUCUGAAAAAUUGGACAGUGAUCUUAGGGAGCAGCAACACCAUACUCAGAAGACAGAGAUGAAGAGCUCUGCUGGAGAGGACUAUGAUGAGUUGGAGGCACUGUGGGAGCACCAGGAGCUCAUCGAGCAACUCAGGAUGGAGCUUCGAAAGCUCGAGGACAUCGGCCUCCCGACCAUUUUCGAGGAGUCAGAGAGCUCCAGGAGAUUGGAGGACCUGAAGCCACUGAUUUUGGACGAGAGCUUUCUCCAUGAGGACCCAAUGAACGAGAUGGAGAGGUCACACUGGAGCUACCGAGAAAGGAUGAGGAAGUUUGACAUCUUGAUCUACCAAAAGAUGUAUGCAAUAGGCAUUCUCCAGCUGAAGGAUCCUCUCCGGUCGGUCGGAUCAAGGAAGGCACAAGGACUAGCAAUUCAGUCCAUUCUUUCGCAAAGCUUUUCGUCGGUUUAUCGUAAAUCCAAUGUUGACCCAUCGCAGAAGAUGAUCAGUGAGAUACAAGGUGAUCUAGAAGUGAUUUAUGUUGGACAAGCAUGCCUCUCCUGGGAGUUCCUGAGAUGGCAGUAUGAGAAAGCACUGCCUCAGCUUUUCAAUCAGUCGGGGCACCGGUUUUACCACCAGGUGGCCGGAGAAUUCCAGCAGUUCCAAGUGAACAUUCAGAGAUUCAUCGAGAAUGAAGUGUUUGAAGGGCCAAGGCUGCCAUAUUACAUCAAAAGCCGCUGUGUUCUUCGCAAUCUUCUCCAAGUACCUGUUCUUAAAGAGGAUUGCUCGAAUGGCAUAAAUGGUGAAAUGAUGGAAGAAAUCAUGAAGCAGUCCAUCGCAAUUUUCUGGGAGUUCAUCAAAGCCGACAAGGAUCAAACUGUUGGGAUACUCAAAGUGCUCAUGGGCACUCAUGUUGCACUGCAAGAUCCUUCAGAUGCCGGCCUGUUGGAAGACAUCCAAUUCGAGUUUAACAAGAAGGAGAAGAAGCUUAAGGACAUUACAAGGACAUGCAACUGCCUGGUGAAGUUCAGAAAACCUAAAGAGGACAAACUGAAUCAAGCUGUUUUGUUCUCUCAAGUGGACUUGAAGCUGGUUGCAAGGGUUCUGAGGAUGCCAAGGAUCACAACUGAGCAGCUGCUUUGGUGUCACAAGAAAUUAAGCAAAAUCAAGUUUGUAGAAAGGAGAAUCUUUAGGGAUCCAUCUUUCUUGCUGUUUCCAUGUUGAGAGUAAUUCUUCUCUAAAGGUUGGCGUUCUUCAGGUUCCAUUAUUGACAUUCAUUAUUGGAGGAGGUGCAUAAAGAAAGGAAUUAUGUUGCGAGGUGUCUUAUUAUAUGCACACAGAGUU